AUGACACAUUUGCAGGUGCUGUCCUUGGGAGGCGUAGCUGUUACAGACACACUGCUCUACCCUUAUGGACCCAAAUACCAGGACAGAAGCACCCCAAAGGCAGAUGACGGGGCAUCUCCUCAGAUCCCAAUCUCUGAGCAGUUCUACUUUUAUGCCAAGGGAUAUCAAUCCCUUUAUGUGAAUAAUAAUGGGGUAGUGUCCUUUGACAAGCCAGUCAGCCAAUUCACCCCUGAUCCUUUCCCCCUGACUGAUGGCCGGGCCUUUGUGGCCCCUUUUUGGGCUGAUGUCGAUAACCGCAUCACAGGUGAGGUGUACUACAGGCAGAGCCAAGAGGAGCAGCUGUUGCGGAGAGUCACAGCUGACAUCAACACCUACUUCCCGAGUGAAAAGUUUACUGCGACGUGGGCCUUUGUAGCCACUUGGGAUCAAGUGGCUUUCUAUGGAUCCCUGUCCUCCAAGGUGAACACAUUCCAGGCCGUUUUAACCUCCAAUGGUGAACUAUCUUUCAUUAUACUGAACUAUCAGGACAUCCAAUGGAUAUCAGGGCAAGCAAGUGGUGGAAAUGCUCACACAGGCUUGGAGGGCACACCUGCUCAGGCUGGAUUUAACAAUGGAGAUGCCAACAACUACUUCAACAUCCCUGGAUCUUGGACUCCAAGCAUCAUUAACAUCAGCUCAACAAGUAACAUCAUGGAUCCUGGGCGCUGGGUUUUUGAGGUGGAUGUUUUUGCAGUGCCCAAUGGCUGUGUGUACAAAGCUAACUUCCUGCCAAUCGGCACCAUCUUCUGGAGUGAAUCAGCCUGUGAGGAGAAGUGCCAGUGCAUUCCUGAAGGUCCCAGGGUGAUGUGCCAAGCCAGGAGGUGCUCUGCAGAUGAGAUUUGCCAGUCGGCUUCCUGGUACCAUGUGUGCCGGCCCACCCAUAGGGCAUCCUGCCAGGUCUUGAGUGGGCGGCACUACACCACCUUUGAUGGCCAACUAUUCCUGUUUCAAGGCAACUGCACUUACGUGCUGUCUCAGAUGUGUGCACCUUCACACAACCGCAGCCUGGAGUAUUAUCAGGUGGAAGCAGGGAUGUCAGGGAGAGGCCCAGAAGCACUACAUAUAGAAUGCUUGCGCAUGGCAGUCUACGGACAGGACAUUGCUAUAAAUACAAAUUCUGCUGAGCAUGUGAUGAUCAAUGGAAUCAAGACUCUUCUUCCAGUGGUCCUUCUUGGUGGCAAGGUCCGAGUGCAUCAGAGUGGAUUCUCAACCCAGAUAGCCACUGAUUUGGGGCUGGAAGUUUCCUUCAAGGGGAAUCAACAUGUGGAGGUUACUGUUCCUGCCAGUUACCAUGAUGCCACCUGUGGCCUCUGCGGAACCCUGAAUGAGAACCCUGCUGAUGAUUUCUUGACCCCAAAUGGAUCCCUUGUGACAUCAGCGACUCUCUUUGCUGCAAGCUGGCAGGUGCAGGAUAUCGAGGACCAGUGUGGGAACAUCCAAGAGUUGCCAGCUUGCUCUUUGACUGAACUAGCCCUUUAUUCCAGCCCAGAGUACUGUGGCAUCCUAAAGGAAUCUCCAGGUCCUUUCACAGACUGUGCACAGGCUCUGCCUCUUUCCAGCUUUAUGGAAAGCUGCACUUAUGAUCUUUGCAUGUCUGGGCGCAACCAGACCAUACUGAAUCACUUGUCCAGAGAACAAUCAUUACGAGCCUUGCUCUACAGCCUGCCCAGCCAGCUGCCUGGAUUCUACAGCCCCACUUUAUUGCACCCAGCCGUGCAGAGAGGGCUGCUUUUGCAACAGAGGCUAUAUUCUUAG